AUAAAAUCGAGACAAAUUUCGUGUAAAUUUCAGCUUGUCGCAUGAGCCUAUUUCUUUAUGAAUUUAGGCCAUUAGUCAUUUUCUAGUCAAAGAAAAUGAAGACCGUUUUGGCUAGUGAGACGAUUGUUAUUCCAGAUGGAGUCACUCUGGAGAUGAAUGGUCGAUCUAUCACAGUUAAAGGGCGCCGUGGUACUUUGCACAGAAAUUUUAAUCAUCUUAACCUUGAGUUGACUUUUAUCAACAAGAAAACAAUUCGUGUUGAUGUUUGGUUUGCUUUAAGAAAGCAAUUGGCUUGUUUGAGAACUAUCUGCAGUCAUAUCAAUAACAUGAUCAAAGGAGUACAGUAUGGUUUUCGAUACAAAAUGCGAUCAGUUUAUGCUCAUUUUCCCAUUAAUCUAAAUAUAAUGGAAGAAGGGCGUGUAGUAGAGAUUAGAAACUAUCUUGGUGAAAAAUACAAUCGAAUUGUAAAGAUGAAACCUGGUGUGAUCUGCAUGUUAUCAGGAACUAAAGAUGAAAUUAUUAUUGACGGAAAUGAUAUUGAGUUGGUCUCAAAUUCUGCUGCCUUAAUUAAUCAAGCAGUACGUGCCAAGAACAAAGAUAUCAGAAAAUUUUUAGACGGUAUUUAUGUGUCAGAAAAAUCAACUGUUGAUCCAAUAGCAGAUUAAGAAUCAUCGUA